GUUUCUUAAAAACCUCAGCAUUUUGGUUUUCCGUGCAACCAGGAAUCUAACUCAUUUUUUAGUAGUCUUCUUAGAUUACGUCCUUUGCCUAUACCACUACUACUCUCUCUCUUUCUUUCUCUCAUCUCCUUGUCUGAUCAUACGGAGAUGCCUGGCCUCACAGCACCUUCAAAUUAUUCCCAGGAACCUCCUCGUCAUCCAUCUCUAAGAAUCAACGCCAAGGAGCCUUUUAAUGCCGAGCCCCCGAGGUCAGCUUUGAUAUCGUCGUAUGUAACUCCUGUGGAUUUUUUCUACAAGAGAAACCAUGGACCAAUUCCAAUUGUUGAUGACAUUAGCAGAUAUUCUGUCUUUGUCCGUGGAUUGGUGGAAUGUCCCAAGGAGCUUUUUAUGGCUGAUAUUAGAAAGCUCCCAAAAUACGAGGUCACUGCUACUUUGCAGUGUGCAGGUAAUAGAAGGACUGCAAUGAGUAAAACAAAGACAGUGAAAGGUGUUGGCUGGGAUGUUUCGGCUAUUGGAAACGCGGUUUGGGGUGGGGCGAAAUUAUCAGAUGUCCUUGAACUUGUAGGCGUACCCAAUCUGACAACAACCACCUCAUCGGGAGGAAAGCAUGUUGAAUUUGUCAGUGUUGACAAAUGUAAGGAGGAAAAUGGUGGUCCUUACAAGGCAUCGAUUCCAUUGAUUCAAGCUUCAAAUCCUGAGGCUGAUGUAUUACUUGCAUAUGAGAUGAAUGGAGAAGCUCUCAACAGGGACCAUGGGUAUCCACUGCGUGUAGUUGUCCCCGGUGUCAUUGGUGCCCGCUCUGUUAAAUGGUUGGAGUCUAUCAACAUAAUUGCAGAAGAAUGUCAGGGUUUUUUCAUGCAAAAGGACUACAAGAUGUUUCCACCUUCAGUUAAUUGGGAAAACAUCGAUUGGUCGUCAAGAAGGCCACAAAUGGAUUUCCCUGUCCAGUGUGUUAUUUGUUCACUGGAGGACGUGAACGUGGUGAAGGAACAAAAGAUAACUAUUUCUGGAUACGCGGUUUCUGGAGGUGGGCGUGGAAUCGAGAGGGUAGAUAUAUCGAUUGAUGGAGGAAAGACAUGGGUUGAAGCUUCUAGGUACCAAAAGCCAGGGCUGCCGUACAUUGCAGAUGAUAUAAGCUGUGACAAAUGGGCAUGGGUGUUUUUUGAGGCCAGAGCAGAAAUCCCCAAGAACGCUGAGAUAGUGGCAAAGGCGGUUGAUACAUCUGCCAACGUCCAACCUGAAAGUGUGGAGGUUAUUUGGAACUUGAGAGGAAUAAAUAACACUUCUUGGCACCGAGUCCAAGUGCGGGUGGGGCAUUCGAGCCUUUAACGAGACAAGCGGUUGUGAAAAUAUAAGUUGUUUUUUUAGUAUUUGGAACAGAAAGAAAACAUUUGAUAUCAUUCUGGUCUACCAGCUGACUUAGCUUGUGUUCGGUGGCAAAAGGAGAAUGUGUAAAGUAAUCUAGAGUUUGGAAGUUUAUUGUGGAGAUUAUGGUUGCUUCUGUAGUUUUGUCUGCUUAAUAAGAUGGCAAGAUUAUUGCAUAGCU